ACAAAACUGCUUUACAUAGUUUAUAUAUGAAAUCAAAACUCAUUCCUUGUCAGUUUGUCACUUUAAAGCAUUGAUGUAUGCAAAUACCAGCUAUGAAUGGACAUAACCUUCAUAUAAAAGGAUUCACCAUGCAUGUAUGCGCGCUUCGAUUUUGGUUAUUACAUUAGUUGGAACGCUUGACACGAGUUUUGACGAAACUUCAAAUAUGAAAAAAGUUCAAUUUUAUUGGAAAAUUGUAGUAUGCAUCUCUGUUGUUAUUAUGUUUGUGAAUAUUAUUCCCUGGAUGAUCAAAUCUGAUGAAAAAAUGGAAUUUCUUUAUUUUGAGGCCGAAAUACAUGAUGACUUUCCAACUGUUGAAAAUGCUUCACCAAAGAUUCCACAUAUUCUACACCAAACCUACAAAUCUGAAAUAAUUCCGGAAGCUUAUGUCCCACAGAUCAAUUCUUUCCUUAAAUACCAUCCAAACUGGACGUAUUACUUUUGGUCAGAAAGUUCAGCUAGAAAGCUAAUUGCGCACAAAUUUCCGUAUUUUCUCAAUGUUUGGGAUGGAUACAAACAUCCCAUAAAUCGAGCAGAUGCUCUGAGAUACUUUGUGCUUUAUGAAUAUGGCGGGGUGUAUGCGGACUGUGAUAUGAGAUUUCUACGUUCAUUGGACAAUGCUACUAAGGCGUUCGCUGCUAUUAUUCCACCAGAACCGUUUGAGCACAGCGUGUUUCGAUUGAAAAUGCCGCUCCUCACAAAUAACGCUAUAAUGUUAAGCCGACCUAAACACCCAUUCUUCAAAUUGCUAAUUGACAGGCUUGAAGCUACUAAAGAUGAACCCGGAUUGCUGGAGGUGGCUGGACCUGUAUUUCUUCAAGAAGGCUUUUUAGUGUACAACAACAUACGAAAAAAAAAUCUUUAUACAUUACAAAAUCAUUCGUACUUAAAUGGACUUGUGCCAUAUAAUUUGCAAGGCAAGUUUAAAUAUCCUUUACAUCAUCAAGACAAUGUGCUUGUGCCAAAUACCCAUUUUUUCAUGAAUACGCUUGCUUGGAAGUUUAAAACCAACGAAGUGCUAAAUUUAUGUAAAGAUAUAUAUGAAAACAAACUUUUUAGCUUUUUCUCGUCUUCUAAGUGCGUACGAAGUGACGUCGCGACGCUUUGUUCAUCUGAAUACUUUCAAUCGCGUGACAUGUGGAAAAGAGGGUGUAAUGAAAUUGUUAGAAGAGAAGGGCGUUCAAAGAAGGACCAUUCAAGAUUCACAUUCACCGAACAUUUGUGGCACACAUCGUAUGAGAAGGUGAAACGAACUGCCUUUGAUAAUUGGGUAGACAUUAAAACUGUUGUCCCUAAGGCUGUGAUUUACAAUUAAAAACAAUACUGUAUUCAUUAGACAAUGAGUUUUCAUACAGAAUUUGAUUUGUUGUCAUGACUAUCAUUUAACUUCACCAACCUCUCAAUGUGUGAACAAAUAAAUAAGUUUUGAUAUCUAGCCCAAAAUGUUAUGGUAUUAUUUUAAAAUAUGGGUUGCAAAUACAAACGACAUCGUCUAAUUAAUAUACAACAUCCUAACAAAUUGUUUUCUACAUAAAAUUAUGAGUGUAAACAUGCUGUCGAAAACUGUACCCAGUGUUCCUUAAGAAACACUAGAUAACCGUUGCAUUAUAUCAAAACAUUUUCAUUAUAAAAUCAUAACUAAUCGUAUUAAAAACCAACAAAACCAUUGAAUUUGGUCGCCUUUCGAAUCGCUGUCGAGCAUAGAACUGACCAGCAACAUUUUCCCGGUUAAAACCACCGACCAAAAGCCAUUGGUCGCCUGACUUAUACAUUUGAUUUAACCGCGCACCAAUAUUUGUGCUCCAAAAUGUUAAAACAUAAGUGCUGUGCUAUACUCCGUAACACAGAACUAGUAAGUGUAUGGAGUUAUCAGGCAUGAAUGUUAAACGUGAAGGUUAAAGGAGUUUAUUAAGUGGUCGGAUUCCUCAAGUACACUGUACAUUGUGCGUCACAGCACUUAGUUCUUAACGUUUGGUGCAUAACAUACACACAUGUUUGGGAACUAUGGUUUACUUAAUGAUGCUGUUGGAAAAUAUACAUUGCAUGUUUUGAUAUUUGCAAGGAUUUCAACUUCGAGCUUUAUCUUUAUAUCAUAAUAUAUUUUCUUAUUUCAAACUAGAAAUUCAUGAAACGCAUUCAUCAUGUCUAUAUUUGAUCUAGUGGUGUGUUUUUAAUUAACUAGCUUUGUGUCCCUCACUGAAUCACUUAUUUCAUUACACCUACAUGUACGGGCUAAGUGGUUAAAGUUUAUUUGAUAUGCUAAUUUAAAUAUGAGUUAUGAAUGCUUUUCCUCAAUUCAAUUAAAAGAAUGGAUCAAAUUAAAUUUUGUACCUUUCACACAUUUUGAAUGUGAGUAAGUUUUUUCGCACUGAACAAAUUGCCUUUAGCUGUCUUGGCUUAUUGUGUAAAUAAAUUACAUAUAUUUCUAAAUGUCUUGUUUGUUUGGGAUUAAUCAUAUUUUGACGAUGGGAAUGAAUUUACAUCAAAUAUGACUUUGGGCGAAUUGCCUUUUUACAAUCUUUUUUUUUUCUUUUGUUAAUUGCAUUUAUGUAUGUAUGUCUUGUUUGUUUGGUAAUUAAGUGCGUCAAAGCAAGUUUAUAAUGUUUGCGGCAUUACAUACAAAUAUAUUCUGAAACUAUUGUAACAAACUUUUAAAUAAUGUAUAUUGCAUAUUUCAUAUAUUUUGUUGCAUUUCAACUACAAGCUUUAAUUUUUGCAUAUAUUUCGUUAUUUCAAACCAUUACGUACUAGUAAUUUAUGAAACUAUUCCACGGCCUCUAAACGUCAGCUCCACAGUUCGCACAAUAUUGAAACGAAAUGGUAGCCAGCCUGAAGUUCUUACACGGUACCACAUUCUCCUAUUUUCGAAAUAUGUCCGUUAAAUAAAAUUAUCAAAUAAAAUGUAAGCCAUCUUUAUGACUGUGUGUUCAUGUAAAUAUAUAGAACAGCCCCACCACGGAAGUGUCGACAGCUCGUUUUCUUUGCACCACCUUUGAGUGGUGGAGCUGGUGUUUAGAGGUCGUGUAUUUGUCAAGACCUAUCUUGUUAUAGUGUUUGUUUUUUUACAAUUUACUAGCUUGUGUGGUAAAGUUGAAUUCAGUCAUUGAAUCAUUUCACUUGCAUGCACGUGCUUGCUGCUUGAAGUAUCAUGUUAAGUGAGUUUUGAAUGUUUUUCCUUAGUUCGAUCAAUAGAAUGGAUCGAAUUAUCAUUUGUAUCUUUCACAAUUUCACCGUUUGAGUUUUGUUUUUGUUUGCUUGUGAUGAACCAAUUGCGUUAUACAGUCGUGGCUUGUUUCGUAUAUUUAUUUAAUGUAUUUGUGUAUGUCUUGUUUGUUUGCGAUUAAUCAAAUUUUGACGAAGAGUGUUAAAUUACAUUAAAUAUUACUUUGA